GCAGAUAGAUUUUUUAACGACAUGAAACCAAAUAGAGAUAACAAAGUAAGAAGCGAGAAUUUCAUGGCGAUGAUGCAUGAAAUAAAACAAUUCCGGAUGAUGAAUGGGGAGUUCUUCAAUCUGUUGAACAAAGAUGGUUCGGGAAAACUUAGCUUCUGGGAUGUUAUGACUGUAUACUACAUAAUCAACAGUGAUAGGCCAUUUUGCAAUGGACGAUGCGGCAAAUUCAUAACGUCAACGUACUUUACCUGUGUAAAAUUUUUUGAGCGUGACGAUUGCACGUUCGAUGUUUGCGUUAGAUGCUUCAAGGACUUCCAGUACCAACAUCGCCAUGCCGAAUUCUUGGAUAGCUUUGUGCUGCUUAAAAGCAAGAGGACGGCAGCUUUGAGCAACUCGGUACUGAAUUUCUUUCUUUUUCAUUCUCUAUAAUUUAAUUUAUGCAACUAUUUAUAUAUGGCCUGGCUACUUCGUUACU